GCUCUGCUCUUCGUCCAAUCUGUAAUUGUACCGAUUGUCUUUGGCAACAUGCCUUCGGCUCUGGAAGUGCCAGGCGGCAUGUGGAUAGACGACUCAAGCUCCUGGGUGGACUACGAGCCGCCAUCAGCCUGGGGCAUUGCAACGGACCCCGGUCGGGACUUGUAUGAUAACACGUAUCACUUUUCAGUGCCUUCAAGUAGCUUGAACGCCAAUGCGACCGUAGUAUUCACAUUUCCAAAGCCGGGGACGGGCUUCGAGUGGUAUGGGGUCAAGACCAGUCAGGGUGGAAUUCUUGGCCUGUGUGUGGACUGUCACUAUUACAAAGGGAUAACGACGGAUUAUAUUGUGGUCGACACCUUGGCAUUAUCGGAGUUAAGCAGCAAUACCUCCGUAUUGCUCUACUCGGCGAACGGCUUGUCCAACGACAUUCACAAUGUUUCAAUCUGCAAUUUGAUGGAUCCACGCUCUGGGUCAUUUGGUCAAAUCACAGUUGACAGCUUCGUUGUACAAGGAGACGGCGUUGUACAGUCGAAUACACAGUCUUUGUCAAUACCAAUGGUCAGCACAACUGUUAUUGGUCUCCUUGGGAUUCCGACAUCUGCAGCUUUGCCCCCUGGAUUGCCCUUCUCAGGUUCUGCUCCUGUCGCCUCCUCAGGCUCGUCAGGCGGGACACUUAGCAAAAAUCAAAUUGCUGGCAUCGUGGUGGGUGCCGUAAUCACGUUGGCACUCGUUGUUCUCGUCAUUUCCCUGUGCGUAAGAAGUCGCACAAAAGUCCCCCCUGGUGUAGAAUAUGCCGCGCCUUUACCCCCAUCUGGUGUAUCACCGGGGCCUGAUGGAAAGCGUUUAUGCUUGUUCCAUCCGAAAAGAGAUCCCAAGGAACCCACACCUUUCAUCCUUCCUACUAUGGCCCCUGCAUCACGAUCUCCUUAUCUCCAUCAUUCGGCUCCUGACCGUUAUGCGCACUCUGUUAACCCACCAUCGGAGCUGCCAUCCCCAGCUCAGUCACCGGUGAAGGACGAGGACGGGAUACGACGCUGGCCCAGCCUUUCUACAUCCUCCGGAGAAGUUCCACCUACAAGAAACCCCACCAACCCGUCUGUAUCAUCUUUUAGCUCUAUUAUCUCUUCAAUCAGGCUACCAGGGCGAAUGAGGUCGACAUCUCUCAAACAUGUACCCGACAAUAAGAACAACAUUCGUUUGCAGCCUGCUGUACCUGCUCAACCUCCAAAUCCCCAUAACAUGUUGUUUAUUGGGAAUGCGUCUCCUGCACCCCGCUCGAUCCCCGACGAAACACCUAUACCUUCCCUGCCUGUGAUCCCCGAAAGAGCAGCUGCGGUUCCUGCGCGUAUCCCCCAACGAACGGCACCAACGAACCCACCGCCCUCGGCCGCCACCCAUAUCCGUCCUUUUCCAGCUCCUAUCUCCACUGUACAUCAAGGACGAGAAGACAUAACGGCAUCCCCACCUCCAACUGGGAGAGGUAAGAGUUUCAGGUCGACUCCUUCAAGGUCGGGAAAACGCGCGAUUGGACCUCGACCUCUGAGCUCGCCUAAUCCCUCUAUCCAAUCUCGACAACCAAGUGGAUAA